CUUGGUCUCCAGCACGCUUUUGUCUCUGAUCUCUCCAGUAGACGGAGAGACCGUCGUCUGUCUGCGCGUCUCUCCUGAGCCCGUUCCUCCGUGGAUGUACCCGGUGCUUGUCAUUGCAUUACCGUCGGAAACUGUUCGAGAGCAAUUACAGCAUCAUCUGUGGAGUUCAAUUCAUUUCAUGUGACUGAAGUUCGAGGAGAAUCGGAUCGGAUCGGCUCUUUCUCCGACAGAGGCACCGGAGAAUCCGCUCUUUUGGUUCGGUUCGGUUCGGUUCGGUUCAGCUGAUCUUCAUCCGUUCAUCCGGUGUGGACUCAUACUCUGAGCUCUGACAACUUGAACAACUCCAGGAUGGUGUGUGUCUGCGCUGCCGGGCUGAGGGUUCUUGCGGUUCUGCUUGUGUUCUCCACAGAAUGCGCUGUGACUCGAGCCGAAUCUCUGGUGACGGUCCGGAGAGUGACCCAUCCUCCGCUGCGGCGACCUUUAGCCGAAUCCGCCCUCCUCCCGUGUGUGUUCACCCUUCCGUCCGUCCUGGUCCCGGGACACGGCCCGUUCAUCCACUGGACCCACGGCUCCGGAGCGCAGGAGAGGACGGUGCUCUCGGCUCGGGACGGGGUGGUCAGGGUGCACCAGGCGUACAUAGGUCGGGUCAGUCUGCCCGGGUGCUCUGCUGACCCUCUCAACGCGUCUCUGGCGCUUUCCCAGCUCCGCUCCAAUGAUUCCGGCACUUUCCGAUGCAUCCUCGCCCUCGGGGAACAUUAUGAGCAGGAUACGGUCAACCUGGAGGUCACAGGUGUGGUGUUUCACUACCGUUCUCCCGCGGCCCGUUACUCGCUGUCGUUCGCUGAGGCCAUCCGCGCGUGUGAGGAGAGUUCGGCAGAGGUCGCGACCCCUGAGCAGCUGUGGGCGGGGUUUCACUCCAGUAUGAACAGCUGUGCGGCCGGAUGGCUCAGAGACCAGAGCGUCAGGUAUCCUGUACAGAGACCCGAGCUCGGAUGCUUUGGACACGCAGAGUUUUCUCAAGGGGUGAGGAAUUAUGGGAAACGGGACCCUCUGGAAUUGUUUGACGUUUACUGUUUUGCCAGUGACAUGCAAGGGGAAGUGUUUCCUGUCUCUGUUCCUGAGCGACUGACUCACGAUGAAGCCUCGAAUCGCUGUGUGUCUCUGGGAGGUCGUCUGGCGACCGUGGGUCAGCUCUAUCUGUCCUGGAGGUCAGGGCUGGACCACUGUGAGCCGGCCUGGGUGUCUGACGGGAGCGUGAGGUUCUCCGUCAGCUCGCUGCGCUCCGACUGUCCCGCUGGAGAACCAGGCGUCCGAACCGUUCCACCGACAGAACUGAACAACGGGAGCAUGCGCUUCGAUGCUUUCUGCUAUCGAGACACACAGACUUCCGGCCAGCCGGACCGGCCUGACCUUCGACCCUCUAACUGGACCGGACAGCUGGAUCUGGACAAAGAGCCGUUGUUGACCUCUGAACCCGCCGAGCUCUCGGCCGAGUAUCUGACGGUCCGUCUGCGCGCCGGAGACACGUCUCUGGACUGGAGCGGUCAGCUGGACUCGUUCCCAAACAGACCACAGGUGCUUCCUGAUCUGAGUCCGGGCGGCUCGGCCCGAGAGGAAGAGGACGAGGAUGAAGGUCUGUCCGGUCAGUCUGUGACUCCUCGAGGAAAGAGUUCCCUCACCAACAUCGGCAGCUCGUUCUGGAAACCCUGGAGCUACUUGACAGGAAGUGAAGCCGAGGCCACGCCCCCGAGCCUGACUGACGACAGAACCACUUCCAGAUCAGGUGAGUAUGAAAGAAAGAAAUGGAUGCAACACAACUAUAUUUUCUGACAAGA